GGGGCAGGCCAGAAAGGGACCCAGUCUAAUUACAAACUUAAUUCCACUUACCUGGGAGUAAACUCCCUAGAGUGCAAUGCACUUUCCUUCUUAGAAGACAAGUAUUUCUCCACCGCCACCUCCUUCUUGGUUUCAUUCACUCCUUCCUGCCUGGCCAAACAGAAUAUUGGUGAGGCGAAGGCAAAGCUGAGGCCUGCCCCAAAAGAACCUUCCCUCAACAGGUUGCUGUUCCGUGUUGCUCCACUACAUAUCACUAGCCAAGCAGGCCCUGCCCUCUGGAGUUCUGCCGCCAUGGAAACGCGAUCCCUUCUCAGGCAAAUAAUUGGCUACGGCAUGCCCUUUGGCGUCCUUAUUCUUUUGACCGUGGCUGCACAUGUUGAUGGGCAAGUUUCUGCUACUUCAGACACACGGCCUGUGGGGACCACCAUCUUUCCCCCCACGUCAACUUUCACAACUGAAAGGGUGGGCACAGAGCUUGCAACCUCUGCCUCUCCAGCCAAGCCUUCAGCUCUCCCCUUGUCUCAGCCCACUGCUGCAGCUAAAAAACUGUCUCUAAAAGCAGCCACUACAGAGACUGCUCUCCAAGAUAGCAGCACAGAUGAAGAUGAAACUAUCACCAACAAUACAUCAGGCCGCCAUCCCUCUACCGGCCCUGCGAUCAGCCUUACCACAGAAGCAGCUGUUGUGGGACAAAAAUUUGCAAUCAGCCCUACCACAGAAGCAGCUGUUGUGGGACAAAAAUUUGCAAUCAGCCCUACCACAGAAGCAGCUGCUGUGGGACAAAAAACUGGUACAACCAGUGGCGUAGCAAACCCUCUCAAUACAACAACAGCCCCUCUCGAGACUACCGUUGGGGGUAUAUCUGGCCUCAAACCAAGGUCAAAUUCAAAACAGACUACCAAGGGUGAAGCACAGCCAAGUCCGAAGCCAGAACAAGAUGUGGUAGAUGACACCAAAACAAUGGACAACCGCACCCAUUGGCCUGCUCAGUGGCCCUCAACCACGACAGCUGUCCCCCAAACAACAAGCCCUGUCCUUGGCCCAAGAGCAAGUUCUGAGAAGAGCCAGACUGGAAUAAUUGUGGCCGCUGUCCUCUGUGCCCUUCUGUUCCUGAUCCUCUUGACUGCCGUCCUCCUUUGCAGGCGAAGGCGCCGCUCUGGCUCAACCAGCUUCAACGAGGGGUGGGCAGGGCAGGUGGCGCUGCCAGACGACUCGGCCUUGGAUCGUGAUGUUGAGCAAGGGGCAGCGCCUGCAAAGGAAGAGGAGACCAAGCGCAACACACUCAUCACGUUCUCCGGCAAGCGUCAGUCGAGGGUGCCUUCGGUGGCCAUGGAGGAAAUAGGCGAGAAAGGAGAGAGCGGGGAGAACCAGAAACUGCUUUGUGGAGAUGCUGGCGGAGGCUCCAGCCCAGAGGCUUCUGGGCAAGCAAAUGGUAAACUCCCAGAAUCCACCAUGCAGUCCUCUCAGGAGAUGGUGUUCCCUCCACCCCCAGCUAACCAGGAGUAGCCUCUUCCUAAAAGACCAACGGAGGACACACUUCUUAUGCCCCUUUCUACCCCCAUUCCAGUAUAUUAGGACACUCCAUUGGCCCUGUUCCCGGUCCGUUCGGAGCUGGUGGAAGGGCGGAGGAGCCCAGGAGAGAAACGCUUGCACCACCAGUGUUUCCGACCACAUCCUUUUUCCUGUUUGUAUGGUAUCUGCAAGGUAGAGACAGUGAUCUUAAACCAGGAGUCCUGGUUUCCCAGCCACCUUUAGUUUCACCAAACCUCUUUUUCCUUCUAGAAGACAAGGGGUUUGAGCUGUUGCUUUUUCGCAGCUGUGCAGAAAACACCUUGGUGUGGUUGUACAGGUGGAAAAUCCAGGGCUACAAAGAGGAGGGAGGUUGCGCUGGAGAAACAACGGCCUUCUAUUUGUAGCAGAAAGUCUUGGUUGCCAUUUUCAGAAAGAGGGUGAAUUGACGACGUCAAAUUUGCUGCAAUUUUCCACAAUGUCGAAAACAGUUGUGGGCAAUGAGCCCUAUUAUCAGAACCAGUUUGCAGGGGACUUUUAACACAGAAGUGCGAAUAGGCUAACCAGUUAUUGCAACCCUAUCCAGGCCAGUGGGCAUGUAGGUUCAUAUGGACACUCUUCUCAUUUAAUUCAGGUAUCAUCCCAAAUCUUUCCAACCAGACAGCUUACUGCUUUGUAUCAUAUCAAAAGUACAUCUUUUCAAGCAGCCAGUGAAUGAAUCUUUAUUAGCUAAUUCUCCAAGAUCUGUUGCAGGGUAAGCGGAGUAUAGAUGUUCAUAAUUUAAAGUAGACCACAAAUGGGAGGAGUAUAGCUGGAGUAAUGGGCAAUAUUUAUUUCUGGAUAACCAUUACAGUUAAGUGGGUUUUCAGGACCCAUUAUUACAGAUUGUUGCCUCUUAAUAUGCUUCGGUCAUUCUUUUGGACCAAUUAUCAAGGCGUUGAAGUGGGUGGGAUGUGGGUUCUCCGUGAUUUAUUUCUAACUCCCUUGGAGUGAGAGGCAACAAUUUCCUGAGAGGUAGAUACAUUAGUGUGCAGCAGCAAAAGCAACAAAGAGGCUUAGGGCACCUUUAGAGACAAAUGGAUUAAUAGCAGCACAAGCUUUCGUGAACUUGAAUCCUCUUUAUCUGAUGAAGUGGCUUCUAAUCCACGAAUUCUUAUGCCACAUACAAAAUUUGUUUGCCUAAGAUGAAAGAAGCCACACUGUUGUUUUGGCUGAGAUAACAUGUGGUAAUCAUCUCGCACUUAUUAGUACAAAAUAGUUAAUGAUACUUUUGUGAAUAGGCACUUAGGGAAACCAAACCAAAGAAUCUACAAAAGCUUUUUACUGGUUUUCUGAAAGCCAGUGUUAGGGCACCACAAGAUAGAUGCUUUAGAAUCCUCACAGAAUUACAGGUUCCAAAGUUCACUGGAGGAGAAAACAUGGCAAUUAUCCUGGUUUUGGUCCAGUUUAGAUUUCUGCUGCAGGUCAUAAUCUGUGACAGUGUUUGCCCGCACAAGCCCCAAUGAAACAAAUAGGAAGACCUGUGCAAGAAGCCAUCUGCCAUUUCCCCUACUUGCCUCUCCUCCUCUGGAUAACCCUGUCUAGUGUUCACUGUAUGUUCAAUUGCUGUUUGCAUCAAUUUGUUGUGUUUUUUUGCAGAGAUUUAUUUUUGUGUGUUGCCGUAUCAAAAUAUAUCAAUAAAGAAGUUUUACUUUGGUUUAA